AAUUUAUAUAAAAAAUAAGUGAUGGGGAUUUUCGGUGAUACAAAAGUGACAGACUAUUAUAAAACUGGUUUAAAGCACUUUAAAAAAAAAGAAUAUAAUAAGUCAUUUCCAAAGUUUUUGUGGGCUGCUCAUAAACAAGAUGCAAUGUCUCAAUAUUAUUUAGCCGUAUCGUUUGAAAAUGGUCAUGGAGUAGACAAGGAUAUCAAACAGGCAUUAUAUUGGUACCAUAAGGCUGGAGAUAACCAAUGUGGUGCAGCUCAACAUUAUUUGGGUUUAGCAUAUCAGCGUGGAUCUUACGAUAUUGAAGAGGAUUAUAAAAAGGCCAUAUAUUGGUUUACAAAAGAAUUCGAAGAAAAUCCCAGCGAAGACUCACAACCGGGUUACUCGUUUUAUCUUAUCGGGCACAUUUAUGAAGAAGGAGGAUUUGGGAUAGAGCAAGAUUAUAAUCUGGCUAUGGAGUGGUACACCAAAUCUGCAAAAAGCGGAUAUGUAAACGCAGAAAUCAAUAUUGGUUUAUUAUAUCGAGACGGAAAGGGAGUAGAGCAAGAUUAUCAGAAAGCUCUAGAUUGGUUCUUGAGAGCUGUGACUGAUGGGAAAACACAUGCUUCUAUGUUGCUGUAUUACAUUGGAGAGCUAUAUGAAAAUGGGCAAGGUGUCGAAAGAGACUAUCCCAAAGCUUUAUUAUGGUAUACCAAGGCAUAUAAUGAAUCUGGAAUCACAAAGGCACCAUUCAAGCUAGGAAAAUUUUAUUAUGAUGGAUUAGGAGUUGAAAUCGAUUUUAAAAUGGCGUUGCUCUGGUUUGAACGUUCUCUAAAUAUUGCUGAAACAUUUGAAGCUCAGUAUUAUAUCGGCAUCAUAUAUCUAAAAGAAAAAGGAUCAGUAAAAAAAGACUACGGAUUAGCUUUCAAAUGGUUCACAAAAUCCGCUGAGAACAAUAAUGCAAAGAGUCAGUUCCAACUAGGAAAAUUAUAUCUUGAAGGCCUUGGUGUUGAACGUGACACUGAUAAGGCAGCUUUGUGGAUAAAGAAAUCAGCAAAUAAUGGUCAUUCUGGUGCUCGCUUUCUUAUUGGGUACUUGUAUGCCAUAGGAGAAAUCGGCUUACCAAAAGAUUUCAAGCAAGCGAUUUCUUUUCUUAGUGAUCCUGACGAAGAAUAUGCAGCAAAAUCAUAUUAUCAUAUAGGAGUUAUGUCAAGUAUCGGUGGAUAUGGUAUCGAUAAAGAUUUUAGUUAUGCUUUAGAUUGGUUCUUAAAAUCAGUAGAUAAAGGUUACACCGACGCUUUACCUGCAAUUGCGGCUAUAUACCGAGAAGGUGGAUAUGGGGUUGAUAAAGAUUUGAAACAAUCAUUGAAUUGGUUUUUGAAAUCCAUCGAUGCUGGCCGUCUUGAGGUUUUUACAGACAUCGGACUACUUUAUGCGGAAGGCGGAUAUGGCAUAGAAAGAAAUUACCGUACUGCCUUAGACUGGCUGACAAGAGGUGUCAACAGCGGAUAUGCUGCUUCAGGCUAUGGUAUUGGCUUAUUAUAUUCAUUACGUCUUGAUAACGAACAAAAUUUUGAAACUGCCUUACCAUGGUUUAAAAAGGCUGCAGAGAAAGAUCAUGGCAAGUCUCAGUUUUAUGUUGGGCUUUUUUACGAAAAAGGUUUUGGUGUCAAGAUAAACUACACAAAAGCAAUGUAUUGGUACAAGAAAGCGGCCGAAAAUAAGCAAUCUUACGCCCUUGUUAACAUGGGCUUGCUUUAUUAUAAAGGGUUGGGUGUACUUCAAGACUACAAUAAAGCGUUGCAAAUGUACCAGCUCGCUAUAAAAUCAAGUGAAAAUGGUUUAGACUGCGGAUCUGCAUAUAACAGCUUAGGAUUGCUUUACCAAAAUAAUCAUGGAGUCCCACAAUCACAUAAAAAAGCAAUGGAAUACUUUCAAAAGGCAGUGGAACUAAAAAGCUUGGAUGCCUGCAAUAAUAUGGGCGAUAUUUACAAAUACGGAUACGGCGUAGAAGUAGAUUACAGCAGAGCAUUACAAUGGUAUUUGAAAUGCAAUCAAUCUGUUGAUUACAAUUUUAGUGUGUGCGACGAGGGCUUGCUUAAUAUUGGAAUAUUGUAUCUUCAGGGAUUAGGCGUAGAUAAAGACUUGGAAUUGGCAAAAUAUUUUUUUAGAAAAGCUUUGAAAUAUGGGAAUGAAAAAGCUCAAGACUGUAUUGAUCAAGCAAUUAGUAUUCAAAGAAACACGCCUUCUCCUCAAUUGACUUUAAAUUAUAUUGGUGAUAUCAAUUUCAAACCAAAUGUAUUUGGAGAAGAGGAAACACAACAUGUUAUUCUUCUGCGAGAAGCUGAAAAGGCAGCAAAAGAAGCAGAGAACAAAGUAGCAUUGCUGACGGCCCAGCUUAAAGAAUUACAAAAGAUCAAUAUUGAAAAACUGUUUCACCGGCCAAACGAAUAUUUGACGACUGAAAACUCCAGCUUGGAUACGGAAAGCGAUGAGAAGGAUCUUGGUAUUAAUUAUUCUACCUGUGAUGUUGAAUUUCAUGACUCUCACUUAAAUGAGUACUCUCCUUACAUCAACUUGAAACCUAAUGCAAAAGGAUAA